AUGUUGGGACGGUGGUCGUGGAACGAAGCAAUCACUCUUCUUGACGCGGUCAUUGGCAAGGUGUUUAAACGCAACCGUCGGAACCUCUCCGUCGCCUGGAUAGACUACAAAAAGGCAUUCGACUCAGUGCCUCAUACAUGGCUGAAGAGGGUCCUCGAGCUGUACAAGGUUGACUGUACAGUUGUAGACUUCCUCGGGCAGUGUAUGAUGCAGUGGAGUACGCUACUUUGUCAUCUAGGCGAGCGGAUGACAGCUGCAGAGAACCACAUAAGGAUGAGAAGGGGUAUCUUCCAGGGCGAUUGUCUGAGUACAAUCUGUUUCUGCCUCUCUCUAAACCCUCUCAGUGCCUUACUGGAGGGUUCUGGGAGAGGAUUUCAGGAAGGAUUUCAGGGAGACCUUUACUAUACGGAUGAUCUCAAGUUAUUUGCCUCCAGUCGCUCACUUGUUCUGGAAUUGCUAAACAUCACUUGUAAUUUUAGCAGUUCUAUUAGAAUGGCGCUAGGUACGGAUAAGUGCUCGAUCCUCCAAGUCGAAAAGGGUGGGGUUGCUUACUCUGAGACCAUAGACUUAUCUAUGUCCAUCAACAUAAGGACCCUAUCCGAGGCUGAAACAUACCGAUACCUGGGUAUGUUACACUACUGGGUAUGA